GUUUUUGCGCGUCCCUGAUUUAGGCUAUGUAAUAAAGCCGUCUAAAGAGCAGACCAUCACUAGCUGGAUGAACGGAGAGCGCAAGGUUUUUUCGCCGAGCGCAGGAGCCGAGAGAUGGGAGCAGUAGAGUCCCACACCAAGCCCAGAAUGCUCCAGCAGGAUCGCCCGAGCAACGCUGCCUAUGGAGGCAUGUCCUCCUCCCUGCGCCUGCUCAGCAACGGCCCCCAGCAGUUUAACAGGAAGUGUGAGAAGGACAGCAACUUCAACUUCCUGGGCGAGGACACCAACGACACUCUGGGGGGAGACGAGAACCGCAACCAGGUGAGGCCUCGCUCCCUGGGGCCGAUGGGCCGCGAGCUGCCCAGCCCGAUGCACCACGUCGGGGCGCCCCUGGGGCCGCUGUCCCCCCUGUCCCGCCUGCCCUGCUGGAGCCCGCUGGAGCCCCUCCCAGAGGUGGAGAGCGGCGAUGACGGGGGCGGCCGGGUGCCCCCCGAGGGAGCCGAAGAAGGCAGGAUAGACGAGGAGAUGAGGCGACCCAGCGACCUGGAGAAGGAGAAGGAGAGGGAGCUGGAGGAGUCCCAAGAGUACAGCGGCAAGGAGGUGGAGGAGGAAGAGGAGGAUGGCUUCGAGUGGGGCGACAGCGACGAAGAGUUUGCCUUCAGCUCCCACAGCAGCAGCGUCUCCUCGCUCGUGGACGGCGUCGGCGGCGGAGAGGCCGGCCUCGGCAACCUCCCGUCCGUCUGGGACCGCCUCUGCAUCGGGGGCCCGCCCAGCGCCGAACAAGACCACACCUUCCCUGGCCCUCGGGGGGGCGAGAGCUUCAGGGGGAUCCUGGAGGGGAUGGAGCCGGGGGACGAGGACGGCUCCUCUGACUCCGACUGGGACGGCGGCGGAGGCGGCGGAGGCGGCGGCGGUUGUGGUGUCACCGGCGACGAGGCGCUGGAGGCCCUGUGGAGUGCCCAGGACCGCCAGCGCUUCAAGGAGCAAGAGAUGCAGAAGCACCAGCUGCAGCUCACCAUGUACCGGCGCCUGGCGCUGAUCCGCUGGGUGAGGACCCUCCAGGGCCGCGUGCAGGACCAGCAGAACCGCCUGCAGGACAGCUUCGACGUCAUCCUCACACACCGCAAGGAGCUCCUGCGCAUGGGGGCCGCCGCCAGCCACUGAGGCGCCGUGCAGGGGAACCUCGGGGAACGUUCGGAACCAGCAGUCCGGAGUUAGUGUGGAGAGCGGCGUCAUCCUGGGACUGUCCCCCCGACCGUAGAAAUGACCGCAGCCAAAGACGCGAUGAUCAGACCUUGUUCUGUGAUGGUCUCCUUUCCCUCUUCAACUCUGCAGGGAUCAGUGUCGUUUAGUCUGGGUGAUGUCUAGGCUAGUUAUUUCCUGGUGUGUGAUUCCUCUCUUCUGUCUUUGUGCUCCUUAGACAGGCUAUGUAUGUCUCUGUGUGAGUGACAGCAUGUGUCUGUGCAUCUAUCUGUGUGUGUGUGAGUGGUUGGUUAUAGGUUGAAUUUCUGCUCCCAACCAGAGCCCUGGACAGAUACUAUAAGAAUAACUCUAUAUAUGACCUUUGAAAUAAAUUAUAUUAAAGUUUAUCCAAGAGCUUAUAUCAGAAAUUGAUUCAUAUUAUAUGGAAUAAAUAUCUAACCUCUUUCA